UGUGUCUCAAUUAGCCAGUUGGCAUUGCUGAAACCUGAGAGUCUUGGGGGCGAGGAGAGCCUCAACAGCAAGUCGGUCGAGGAGAUCACGACCCUGGUGAAGAAGCUCGCGACCCAGUCGGGCCUGGACAUCAUCCGCAUCCGCAAGCCCUUCCACACGGACAGCCCCAGCGUCCAGGGCCAGUGGCACCCCUUCACCCGGGGCGGGCUGCGCCCCCGAGAGGCCCAGGGUCCUGCCCCGGCCCAGGGGCAAGCGCAGUGAAGAGUUGCCCCGACUCCAGCCCCAGGGAAGGCGGUUCCUCCUCUUUUGGUUCCGGGGGUUACAAGCCCAGACGGACAGAUGGAGCCCCCGAAAGAGAAAGUUGGUGCCAAAACUUUUGCUCGGGACAGAGAAGAGCUGCCCGUUGCUUUUGGUGCCCACUGCAAGGGGCAGUGACCUUGUGUCUCAGCCAGUUGGCAUUGCUGAAACCUGAGAGUCUUGGGGGCUCUUCCUGGGUCCUCCUCUCUGAAAUCCAAAUUGACGACAGUGGUCUCGUCACAGCGAGGGACUCCCAGGCCGGCUUCUGAAGGUCUCUGAGGUCCUGUUUCUGCAGCCACUGAGCUAGAGAGCGCCAGCACCUUCUCUGCUGUGAACCUGGCACCGGGCGAGGCUGUAUGAAUGCGUGUACAUGACAAAACUGAGAUGAAUAAACUUGCCCACGGUCACAC